AUGAACAGGAUGAUGUCGAGUCCCAGAAGGCCGAUAAUCCUCACGAGGAGGAAACGGCCGUUUCAAAGAAACGAAGCCGACGAGACGCAGAACAAAUCUUCUACGGCGUCCGGAGCACGAUCCGUCUCUGCAUCUGCACAAGACGGCAUCCGCGUUGUGGACCAUCCCACUAGGCCGGAGGCUCUAGUGGUCGUCGUACCAGAAACCGCCGGUCUUCAGAGCGUCCUCGAUGCACUGACUGUCAAGAGGAAGGAAGGUGGUACACCGGGGCCAAACAAGUUCAUUUUUCUGAGUGGAAGAUGUGGAUCUGACGAUGAAGUUAAAGCUCUGUUCCAGGCCACAUCAGAGAAUAAAAACCGACCUGAAGCAGGUGUAGCCGGAAAUGACCAAACUCUACCAAACAGUGGAUGUACGUGCAAAGAAAAAUUCGAUGGCUGCGUACAGCUCCAGGAGCCACAAUACACAGAGGAAGACCCGAGUGCCGUUAAGGGCCCUCUGUCAGAAAGACCACCGUACUCCUACAUGGCUAUGAUCCAGUUUGCUAUCAACAGCAAGAAAAAUAAGAUGAUGACACUGAAGGAAAUCUAUAACUGGAUAGAAGACCAUUUCCCGUACUUCAGGAAUGUAGCUAAACCUGGCUGGAAGAACGCCAUUCGCCAUAACCUUUCCUUGAACGACAUGUUCAUCAGAGAGAGAGCAGACGGCAAGAUCUCCUACUGGACCAUUAAACCUGAAGCAAACCGCGGUCUGACAUUAGACCAGAUGUACAAGCCUGCCGUUGAUCCAGCGGCCUCCUCUUUCCCACAAGCCAUGCAAGUCUGUUACCAACAAGUAAGCCACUUUUUCCCCUUCUUUUUUUCCCUCUCCUCCUUCUCACAGUCAGACAGACAGAGAGGACACACGGUUCAUCACCGUCUCCAAAGAUCACACUUAUUUAAUGUCCCCAAGAGUGAAUCCAGUGUGGUGGUGAUGUCUGCCCCGGUUGCUGAAGUAGAGGAAGAACGUGUGUGUAUACCAUUCAGUGAACCCUGUAACAGCGAACAGAAAGAGAUACUCAGAAAGAGAUACGAGAGAAUCUCACGUCGGAAGCAGCGUCUAGUCCCACUUUCCAACGAGGAGCCUGUUCUGCUCUUCGAUUCCAGCUUGGUCUCCACCUUUCAGGAAAUGGAGUGUGAUCUGGAGCCCCGGCAAGACUUGCAGUUGCAAAGCGAAACCUUUAAAACACCUGACAAAGGGAGCCACCCGUUUUCCUCCACACCCAGCAAUUCACCGGAGCCGUGGAAGAGCACGCCGCUGGAUAAAGGGAACCGCAGCGUUAUGGAUUUCAGCCCGAUCAGAACACCGCCGCAGAGGCACGAGCACAGCGAGUUGAGCUUCUGCAGCACGCCUUUCAGAGACCUGCCGCUGUUCGGUUCCCCCCGUGAGCUGCUCGCUUCCUGUUCCCACGAGCAGCAGACGGAAUCUAGCAACCACUCGCUCACCGAGGGCUUUGUACUGGACACCAUGAACGACAGCCUGAGUAACAUCUUAAUGGACAUCAGCUUCUCUGGGCUGGAGGAUGACGACCUGGACAUGGCCAACCUCAGCUGGUCACAGUUUAUUCCUGAGCUAAAAUUAGAUGUAUCACUUAAAAAAAAACUCUAUUCACGCUGCUCACAUGCUUUUUUAACUGCCUUUUUGCAAUGA